CCGAAACCAAACCAUAAAAUCACAAACUUUAACCAAUUUCCUCAUUCCGGAAACGCUAAUUUUGUACUUACCUCUUUCGUCAACAAUGGCAUUAUUAGCCAAAUUCUUUGCGUUAUUCUUUCUACUACUAGCUGUUUAUUGUGCAACUGAUCCAUUUAAACAUAGUUCAAUUGCUGAAUUCCCAAAUUUUGUAGCUCAUAAAGUUGACAUGUAUCCAUGGUCAGAGUUACCAACCGAGAGAGAUAACGAGAAUUUGUUACAGAAAUCAGAAAUCAAGUUUUUGAAUCAGGUACGAGGACCUGAAAGUAUUGCUUUUGAUCCACUUGGUCGCGGUCCAUAUACCGGACUUGCUGACGGGAGAAUUGUUUUCUGGAAUGGCGAGUCUUGGAUUGAUUUCGCUUUUACUUCUCCAAACAGAUCAGAGCUGUGCAACCCACAAGCGUCAGAUGCAUAUGUGAAAAAUGAGCAUAUUUGUGGACGACCACUGGGUCUUCGCUUUGAUAUUAAAACUGGAGACAUGUAUAUCUGUGAUGCAUAUCUCGGCUUGAUGAAGGUCGGACCAGAAGGUGGAUUAGCUACAUCACUUGUAACUGAGGCAGAAGGUGUACCGUUGAAAUUCACAAAUGAUUUGGAUAUUGAUGGCGAAGGAAACAUAUAUUUUACGGAUAGUAGCGUUACAUACCAGAGGAGGAACUUCAUUCAGCUGGUUUCCUCCGGAGACAAUACAGGGAGGAUUUUGAAAUACAAUCCAACUACAAAGGAAACGACCGUCCUUGUCAGAAACCUCCAGUUCCCUAAUGGAUUAACCAUGAGCAAAGAAAAGUCAUUCUUAAUCUUCUGCGAAGGAUCCAUCGGCAGGUUGGCGAGAUACUGGUUGGAAGGAGAGAAAGCAGGGGCUUCUGAGGUGUUUUCCAUUUUACAUGGAUUUCCAGAUAAUGUCAGAACUAAUGAGAAGGGAGAAUUUUGGGUGGCUAUCCACUGUCGCCGAACGAAUUUCAGCUAUAUAAGUGGUCUUUACCCUGGGUUAAGGAAAUUUUGGCUGAAGCUCCCGAUUACAGACAAGAUCCAAUACCUGCUCAGUAUCGGAGGCCGACUUCACGCAAUGCUUGUCAAGUACAGCCCUGAUGGUAAACUCUUGCAAAUAUUGGAGGACAGUGAAGGUAAAGUCGUUAAAGCUGCAAGUGAAGUUGUGAGCACACAAACCUGCGAGGGGGUCCGAACGCUUGGAUUAACCAGCACCCAACAAAAAGUUCUUAAAAGAAAAUAUCAAACUUCAACUCCAACAAGUCUAUAA